GUCAAAUCGAAAACCCACUAUGUCUGCCGUGUGUGGUGAAGGAAGGGUGUCAGCGAUGGAGAGUGGAGAUAAAUCCUCAACGAGGUCCGCAAGUGGGGCAGAGGAAGGCUCUCUUGACAGACUCCUUCCCACUGUCAACACGGGCCUGUCACCACGGAAACGAACAACCAGCCAAUGCAAAUCGGAACCACCCCUGCUGCGGACUAGUAAGAGAACCAUCUACACGGCUGGGCGUCCACCCUGGUACAAUGAACAUGGAACCCAAUCCAAAGAAGCUUUUGUCAUUGGUCUGUGUGGAGGGAGUGCCUCGGGGAAAACCACAGUGGCCCGGAAGAUCAUUGAAGCUUUGGACGUUCCCUGGGUUGUGCUUCUUUCGAUGGACUCCUUCUACAAAGUCCUAUCAGAAGAGCAGCAGUUGCUAGCUGCAAGUAAUGACUACAACUUCGACCACCCGGAUGCAUUUGACUUCGUCUUACUUGUCCACACACUCCGUAAGCUCAAACAGGGCAAAAGUGUGAAAAUCCCAGUGUAUGACUUCACCACGCACGGGCGGCAGAAAGAAUGGAAAACCGUUUAUGGUGCCAGUGUCAUUAUAUUUGAAGGAAUCAUGUCCUUUGCAGACAAGGAGCUGUUAAAGCUGCUGGACAUGAAGAUCUUUGUGGAUACCGACUCUGAUAUCCGGCUGGUACGGAGGCUGAGGAGGGACAUUACGGAGCGAGGGCGAGACAUUGAGGGAGUUAUCAAACAGUACAACAAGUUUGUAAAGCCUGCCUUCGAACAGUACAUAGAGCCCACCAUGAGACUAGCAGACAUCGUUGUGCCACGUGGUGGUGGAAACAUGGUUGCUAUUGACCUAAUUGUUCAGCAUGUGCACAGUCAGCUGGAAGAGAGGAAACUCCGCUGGGAUAUGGCAGCACUGGCCUCUGCCCAUCAAGCUCAGCCCCUCCCUGCGACACUCAGCGUUUUGGAGAAUACGCCGCAGGUCCGCGGCAUGCACACCAUUAUCAGGAAUAAAGAUACAAGUAGAGAUGAGUUCAUCUUCUACUCCAAACGGCUGAUGAGACUCCUCAUCGAGAGAGCUCUCUCCUUCCUCCCAUCUCAGGUCCGCAUUGUCCAGACCCCUCAAGGUCAAGACUAUGAAGGAAGGACUUUUUAUGGCAAAAGGAUCACGGGUGUGUCCAUCCUCCGGGCGGGCGAAACCAUGGAGCCCGCGCUUCGCGCCGUCUGCAAAGACGUCCGCAUCGGCAAGAUCCUCAUUCAGACCAAUCAGGACACAGGAGAGCCUGAGCUGCACUACUUACGUCUGCCCAAAGACAUCAGUGAGGACCAUGUGAUCUUGAUGGACUGCACAGUGUCCACUGGAGCCGCUGCCAUGAUGGCAGUGCGAGUGUUACUGGACCAUGAUGUACAGGAGGACAAGAUCCUGCUCGUGUCUCUGUUGAUGGCUGAGAUGGGGGUGCACUCGGUAGCCUAUGCCUUCCCUCAGGUCAAAAUCAUCACCACCGCUGUCGACAAGGAGGUCAAUGACCUUUUCCACAUCAUUCCAGGCAUAGGAAAUUUCGGGGAUAGGUACUUCGGCACGGAUGCACCGCCCGACUGGAGUGAUGAAGACAUGGAUGAGCCCAGCUACUGAGCUGCUCGUUUUAAUCGAGUAUUCUGGACAUGUCAGGCCAAAGCUUCUGCUUAGCUCUGAAGCCCAACCAUCAGUGACCCUGAGCCUGCUGCUGAACUCCUGACCACUGUGGACUGGACUGGAGCUCUCUCAAAUGCACUACAGGCCUAAUGGGUCUGAGUAUCAAAAUAUGGAGAUGUGACCCAGAUGAACUCUGAUCUUUUUCAUAUUGUUGUCUGAAAAAAUGCAUUUAUGAAUAUGUCAUAUUUUGUGAAGUUUACUUUAGAAGUUAAGACGGUUUUGUGUUGUAAAGUCUGUUGUUUUCUGUGUUUGAUUGUUUCAGUUCUGUUUAUCUAAAUAAUGUGCCUUAAGUGUUUGCCACCACUGAAGACUUUUUAGCUGAUUUAGUGUGUAGUUUAUCUUGUCAAUGACACAACUGAAUGUGAAUUGUGUGUUUUGGUAGAUACUGCGUCACUUUUAUGCUGCAGAUGUUUUUGUUUUGUUUUUGCAGAAAUCAACUUUUCUGUAAGUGUAUAUGAAACAAGUCAGCCUUAGAGCUUUGCGUUUCUGCACAUAGAAAGUGCAUUCUUUGAAGGACCACUUCGUCGGAAAAUAUGCGUGGGCGUUGUUUGUUUAACUACUUGGUUUCCCCCCUGCUUUACCUGCAAAGAGCUGCUGACCAAACCAUGACUCUUAACGCUUGAGUGAUUGUGAUCAUUUCAGAACAAUGAAGCAAACAUGUGGCCUACAAAACAGGCAACUGCUUCAGUGCUUUAUCUGCAUCUACCAAUCAGCCUCAGAUGAAAAUCCACUGAUGGCCUGGCCUCAUAGUGCAGAAAAUGGAACGUUUUCAUUUUAUAUUGCGGUGAGAACUUCGUGGAGGGUUCUUAUGCAGGUCAGGAAAGUGUGGAAGAUGAUUUUCCAUGGAAGAAUAAUGCUGAGGAUGUGAAAUUUGCCUGCGAUAAGAAAAUGUAAUUUAAUCAAUUUUGUUGGGUCAGUAAAAUAUAGAAAUUGUUUUUAAACUCCUGUACAACAUCAUACGAAACAUACUUUUGGUAUAGAUCUGGCAUUAAAAUGUCAAAAUUAUUGAUAUUAGUUACUCAACACUCCAGAAAAGCCAGAUGAGACUGUACAUAGAAUGUAUAUGGUCUUUUCAUUGUGUUUUGCUUGAUUCCCUUAAUGGUUUUCAAAGCAAAGCUGUCAAAACUUAAUUCGAUCUCUUUGAUCUUCCAUGGCAAUGUCAUGUCUAAAACAGUAUUAGAAUUCUACAGGAACAGCUAUGUGAAAUCUCUGUACAGAUCAAAAAUUUGUCCAAAUUGUCUGUUUUGCCUAAGAUUAGUCAUUGUGGGUUAAAAGUGAGCUUAAUGCUAUCUAUUAACCUGUAACGUUAUGAUUAAAAGACGUACUUGAUCCAGUGUUGCCCACCAACCGCCACACAUUUUUCCCUCCAACCAAAGUUAACCGGAUGGCAUCGCAAGCAUCAUAUGGUCUGUGCACUGCUGCCUUUUCCAUAUAUGGCACAAAUGGGUUUGAAUAGCAUUUGCGUGUCAACAAGCUACGAUAAACUGGGGCAAAUUGAAGUUUGCUCUAAAAUUUAACCCAGAAGUCAACUAGCACUCUACUUUGAAUGUGUUGCAAACUGAUGUUUGUGCAUUGUCUUACCUAUUAGAGCUUUGGAGUAAUGAGUAAUACAAUCUCAUUUGCAAAUAUCUUAAUGAUUUAGUGUUUUGCUUUCUGUUAUUGUUUCUUACACAGUAGUACCGAGCUGAUAUUUUUGGUGAAAUGGCAGUUUUCCACGUCAGAAACAAAUGUACAUUUGCUCCGUACAGCACUGAUUAUAGA